AUGGAUGAUGAUGACAGCAUAUUGGGCCCCUUCGAGGAGGAGUCUCUGGAGUCCCUUGAGUCCUUAUGCGAAGAGGUUUCCAGGCCCCAUCUGCUGCGAAACGGGCUUUUUGGACGCCUGGCCGAGAGGCUCCCGGUCCUGAACAAUGUCAUGCAGGCCCUUCACACUCGAGCAGGGGACGAGGAGUCCCUUCGGCGAGCCAAAGAGACGAACCCGCUUCGGGCUUCAGGGAGGCUGGCACGCGGUGCCGAGCAUGUGCCACUGCUGAACAACGUCAUGCAGACGCUGCACAGAGCAACUGGCAGAUCCGAGGAAUUCCGGCGCGCCCGCCGGAAGAAUCCUCUGGGCGCGAACGGCUACAUCACAAAGUUUGGUGAGCACAUCCCUGGCCUAGCUGAUACCAUCUGCUGCAUCCACAAGUUUCGUGGCCUGGAUGCGGAGGCCGAGAGGGCCCGCGCCUUCUCGCUCCACAGGAUGGUGGGCCGGAAAGGCGCCAUCACCCAGCUGGCACAGCUCCUACCUGGCACCAACUUGAUCGCUGCCCUCCUGGCGGAGGCCAAAGGAGACCACAGAGAAGCUGUAAAAGCAUUGAAUUUAUUAAAGCGAUGGCGAGAUGUGGCCAGUGCAGAUGGCGCUCUUGCAAGAGUCGCGGAGCUUUUACCUGGUGUUGAUAUCAUUUCCUUCGGGCUCAUGGUGAACCACGGUCACUUUGCAACUGCUGUCCGAGCCAUCUGCAAGACCCGGUGGGUGGAGAUCACCGCUACCUCUUCCGCUUUGGCCUUGUCUGCGGGAGCCAUGGAGGAUUGGGUCAUUCUGUCAGUGGACUCAGACAUGCUGAUCCAGCCAAGAGCAGCCUCCCUAGCAGGUGGGUUGCUUGAUGUUUUCAUCCAUCUCCUGGACUUUGACGCUUUUGGAAACCACCGCUGGGUGGUGGAGGAGCUGCCCUCAGCUUGCACCCGGAAGAAGCGACGGGGCUUGAGAAGAGCUUUUGAGGAUGUUAAGAUUACGAAGGCCAACGAGGCGCUGCAUGGGGUUCUGGAUUACCUCUUUCUCUACUCGCCUGGCGCGGUCAGUUACAUGACUGAACUUACUAACUGGGCUGUGUACGAGUGGCAGCCGUCCUCUCCAGGAAGCGCGAGGGCCCUCUGCAUGUUCAACAUAAUGUGCCCGCCGAUGGUUUCGAGGAGCCUUCCCAACAGAGCUCCCAGCGCUCAGUUUGCCAGGGCGAUACAAGAUUCCUUGCCUGGAGUCCGGGCAACGCAUGGACAGAUGCCUCUGAACCCAUCGAACUUCCAGUUGCCUGUGCGGACUUCAGCAAGUGAUGGGCCUACAUGGAAAGACAGGUUGUGUGAAGCUGCAACUGGGAUUCUUGCUGGUGUGUCAUGCUUCUCGAUCUCCUGCAUCGCAGGUGGCGUGCACAGUGUGCUCCCCCUCGCCUGCUUCACAGGAUGUUUCGCAGGGGUUGGAGUCGGCCUGGGGGGCUACGUCCGCAACCGGGUCCGCAGCAAUGUGACAGCGUGGUUCAAUAAGGUGAACUCGGAUGCCUGGCGGUGCAUGUCCGCGCCCGUGGUGCCGCUCCGCGAGCAGGUGGAGCAGUGCUGUGAGGCCCAAGAGGAGCUACCGGACUCCGUGCAGAUGCUUGCGGAAGAGCUGCCAGACGAUGAUCCCGAUGAGGUUAUCGAGCCCCUGGGUGUCAUCUUUGAGUGGCAAAAUGGGCUCCUGGAGGAUGUGCGGGCGGCGGAGAUCCUACGGGAGUACAUCCUCUAUGAGUGGAUGACACCAACCAG